AUGUCUGCCCAAGCAGUGGAUCAAGCGACCAGUGUUACGGAGGAAUCAAAGAAAGCAGCUAUAGAGCAGCUCAACAAGGAAGGAAACGUUUUAUUUGGAUGUAAAAAGCUCUCGGAGGCUCUUGAUAAGUAUAUGGAAGCUGUCGAGAUUGACCCGGUCUCACCUCUUACUUCCAAACCAUUACGUAACACGACAGUGGUUCAAUUUGAGUGCGGCAGAUACACUGAAUGCAUAAAAGGAGUUCAAGACAUACUAGAGCUGAUGGUUGUGCAACAACUGGACGACAAAAUUGUCAUUUCAAACCUUCAACGGCAGCUGAAAAGAGCCUAUGAUCAUGUUCCUACAUAUUCUCUGCAAAAGCAACUACAAAGACGAUUGAAAAUAUUUGCAUGUUUUCCACGAGAUCGUGCAUCUAUGUUCACAUCGCCUGAGUAUUUUAGAAUUGGAAACGAUGUCGCCGAACCUCUUUCCGUUGAAGUUCCGAAAGAUUCUCUAAAGAAAGGUGACAUAAUUUCGUUUUUCUUCGCUGGUAUUGGGGAUGCGCGUCAUUUGUAUGCAACGAUUAUCGAUCUCCAUGAAUCUGGAAAUAGAACCACUGCCACCCCUCGAAAAUAUCAUUUCGUUGCAAAUGAUCUCAAUAUAUGCUCUCUAACCCGAAAUCUUAUUAUCUGGACACUUCUUGAUGAGUUGUCUGCAUUAGACCAUGGUUCGGACCAGGGAUUGAUGGUCUUGACAACUAUUUUCUUCAUUUACAGACCCAUUAUCAUGCCAGGCUACGUCUACAAACUUUUGUGUGCAACAAUGGAAGCUAUUCUUGCUAAAUUGGACAAGGGAGUUAGUCCUGUCGAGUGGGUGACCUUUCACGAGUACGACAUUCCAAGAUACAUCGAUGUUUUAAAACACUGGGCUAGUAACGGCUUUGGGAUAUUUACUACCGAAAAGGUUAUCCAAGGCACACGCGACAAACUGAGCCAAAAAUCACUACUUCAUGACUCCCGAGACACUAGCAAAGUUUGCACUGACGAGAAGGAGUUUUAUGCCAAGUAUGCUCUUGUUUAUCCUCCGGAGAAGAUGAUUCUUUCACAAGAACCACGGUUGAAAAAGCUCAUCACGAAAGCAUUGAAAGAGAAAAGAUACUCUAAUAAACUCCGCAAACAUCUCGCAAAGAACUGGAAAUUUAAUCCAACUAUGAUGGACCAAAAUUGGUACCGAAAUACUCUAAGAAAGUAUGGCCAUUCCAAGGGUUAUAGCUUCGAAAUCAAUCCAUUUUCGGCUAUCUGGCAUUUCCAAGAUACCUGGAAAGGAACCGAGCCUUCCUCCUUGUUUGAUCAUGUAGCACCGAUGUUUAAGCGCGCAGCCAAUGCAAUCAAGGAAAUGAAGGGAAUAUUCUGUGUAGAGGCUCUCUGUGGGGAUGUCACUGAAAUUGCCGAAUGGUUUCAUUUUGACUGCUCACCGACCAGAGUCUCUCGCUCUCCCGAGUUUCCCAAAAGUUUCGACUGUAUUCAUAUGAGUAACAUACCGGGUUACAUCGGCGGUCAUUUAUCGACAUUUCUUUACGUGUUCCCCCUCUUAAAGAUUGGUACUAGCAGUUAUCUCAAAUCAAACUGUCUACGUAACCCGGGAUCAUGGGAUUGCCUGGAGGCAUUUCUAGCAGAUUAUCAGUGUAUCACUGACAAAGAAAUGCUGCGAAAGUUAACAGGCGUUAUUGCAGCUCUUGAGCCAGGUAAAGACGAAUUGUUGCCGUUGAUUAAAUACAACUCAUACUCGCGGGAGGCACUCGAUUCACAGGAUGCCUGGUCCGCAUUGUUACCUCAGGCUGAGUUUCAAAAGUGGUUCUACACACUUUUUUUCAGGAUUGCUUUGCCUCACAAUGUGGACAUCUCCAAGACCGACGCAAUCAUUCUCUCUCCUCUUAAUCUCACAGUAUUGUUUAGACUGAUCGAUCAGCUUCAUAAUCACGGGUAUCCCUCGCACUGGAUGUCAGAAAUUAUUUACAAUAUCAUUGAGAACAAGGUUGCCUCUACUUGUCGUCCUCCUCGGGCCACUCCCACUACGGUUUCUGCAUUGAUGAGACAAUAUAAGCUCAAAAAGCUCUGUAAAAGUCCUUUCGCUGAUGAAAUUGCAACUCUCACUAGGAUUUUCUCGCCCAUCUUACCAUUCGUUCUCGAGUCACAGAAAAUUCCUUCCCAGGAAGAUAUCCACAAGUACACUUUUCCACUCGAAAAAAUGUACACCGUUCAAGAAAUGCCGAACAAUCUUACACUGUUAUUUUGGAGUGAUAAGCUGUUCAGAGAAGUGGGUCAGGUGGGCUUCUGCGCGAUGUAUCAGAACAUCCGCCCACUCCUUGAUCCUACUUGGGAAGAUGAAAUGGAUGCUCAGUUUAAAGGAAUUCAAUUCAAAACUUUUAGAGAGAAAGGCAUGGUUCUGUGGAGUACUAUUGAGUGGAAUCUAGAAACAUCAGAAGCUAGUGCUUGGAUGCCUAGCAGUCUAAUGGAUAGAAUGAUCAGGGAGAGAGAUUGGGGUUGUGGGCUAUUCAGGACAGAUACGUGGGAGAGGUGUUGGGAUAAGUUGUCACUGGUCAGUAAUGCGAGAAAGGGUGAAAAAUGGGAAGAUGAUAUUACUUCAGUCGAAGAUAUCAAGCUUGCGCAGUCGAUCAAGAAGGGUGUGAAUCUGGAAAAAUGA